AUGAGGUUCUCUCGGAUUCUCGGCGCGUACGGUCUACUCGCCAUCACAUCUCUGAUUGGCAGUACGGCCGCAGCUGGUGUGAAGGCUGAUGCGAAAGCUGGCGGGAAAGCUGGUGCAAGAGCUGGCGCACGAGUUGCUGCCCAGGCUGGCGCCCCCAAGGGACACUCGCCUCAGUUCUACGACGUGCUGACACAAGAAUACGUGUGCCAAAGGUUUCACCACUUGGCCGAAAGAAUGACCUUUAUCUUCAACUUUGAGCCCAUGCGCAAAGCGCUUUACGAUGUUGAGUUCGACCUGGACCUGUUCGAUGCCGACAUGGACAACUCAGAUCUGUCCAUAGAGUUCAGCGACGGGGAAGAGAAGGAGAUUGCCAACUGCUACCGCUACUACGCCGAGACGAUGAUUGAGGCCCUCGACAUCCUCGCCGACAGGAUGGAGGACCUGGAUUCCAAGUCGGCGAGGUACCUGCUCGUGACCAUCAACAGUCUUCGAGUGGCCGAUUACAAUGCUGUCUAUGAGCUUGGCCGCCGCCUGCACGAUCCAGUACAUUUGACAACCAUCUUCAAAAAGUACGGCGCGCUAGACGGCAGCACCCCUUACAGCGUCCGCACAGCAUUCCAGCAAUUCGAGACUAUCCCAACCAUCACCGGGGAGGACUUUAGGACCCUUCCUUAGGACGGCAGAUACAACAACGGGCUUGAGCCCAGGCAGCACAUUCAGCGCAUGGACUCCAGCGAUUGUUGUCGUGAGAGAGACCUUCAGUCAUCAGGCGUUUCCAAAGGCAGAGUAGAGGAUGGACCGACCAAGAACUCCUAAUGUCAAUAUUCGAUGGUGCAGCAAUGCAGAGACCUUUAGUUCAAUCAGAAUUAUCACUAGUCCAAU